CAAGUGCCACACCGCUGUACGCGCAUGCGCUUCCUACGUCGUCAACAAUUGUCAGUUCCUCAAGUUACAUUACAUUUAAAACUCUCCACGCGUGCCACUUUUGCUCUCACAAAUUUUUAUUUAGUUUGACACAAUAACGUGACCAAUAAAAUAAAUAAAACAUGUCUGGAAAGUCGAAAGCAUUUACAAAAGAAGAGGAACUUUUACUUCAAGAUUUCUCAAGAAAUGUUUCAACAAAGUCUUCAGCAUUGUUUUACGGCAAUGCUUUUAUUGUGUCAUCUAUUCCCAUCUGGCUUUUCUGGAGGAUACAUCUCAUUGACUUAUACGCAAAUUUAAUUUCCUUCGUUCUUGUGACUUUAGCAAGUACUUAUGCUCUUGCCAUAGCCUACAAAAAUACGAAAUUCGUUUUAAAACAUAAGAUUGCGGUGAAGCGAGAAGAUGCCGUUACACGGGAAAUGAGCCGAAAAUUGUCCGAAGAUAAGAAAAUGAGCAAGAAGGAGAAAGAUGAGAGAAUUCUGUGGAAGAAAAAUGAAGUAGCUGACUAUGAAGCAACGACAUUCUCAAUUUUCUACAAUAACGCUCUGUUCUUGGCUCUCGUUAUUUUUCUGUCAUUUUAUAUUCUCAAGACGUUGACGCCUGCAUUCAACUAUGUUUUCUCAAUAGGAACAACUAGCAUUUUGCUAGCACUCCUAUCCACUGGUACUCAAUAAAAUAAUUGUAUAUUUAUAUAUUAAUUAUUUCGCUGUAAGACUCAGUAUAUUUCGAUUGUUCUCCUUUUGUAACAAUUGUUCUAUGUGCAUAAGUACAGUUAUAUUUAUACAUA